UUCGCGGGGUUCUCCCCAGGAAGAAAUCACAAAAAGCCCUUAUAAUCAUGUCUCUGGAAAACAAUGCGGCACUGCCACUGUAUAGUAAUGAAAGAUAUACAGUGGGUUGGAUUUGCGCAAUCCCGACUGAGUACGUCGCAGCCCAAGCAUUCCUCGACGAGGUCCACGACCGACCGGAAUACGUGCAUUCCCAUGAUAACAACGACUACACUCUGGGGAAGAUUGGCAAGCACUAUAUCGUCAUAGCUGUCUUGCCUGAUGGAGAGUACGGUGUCACAUCUGCGGCAGCCGUGGCACGGGAUAUGCUCCACAGCUUCCUCAAUAUCAGAGUUGGGCUUCUGGUUGGGAUUGGCGGUGGCGCACCGACCCCCAAGCAGGACAUUCGUCUGGGAGACGUUGUCGUCUGUUCUCCUCGUGACGGGAAAAGCGGUGUGUUUCAAUACGACUUUGGCAAAACAAUCCAGGAGAAAAGUUUUCAAUCAACAGGGUCAUUAAACCUGCCUCCUAUGGUUCUCAGGACUGCCGUAGGCGGACUCAAGGCUAAAUAUGAGAGUGAUGGACAUCAGCUCCUCGAUGCUGUUGAACGGGCUUUGCAGAAGAAACCUCGCUUGAAGAAAAGGUACAGCCGACCGAAUCCAGAUAGUGAUAGGCUGUAUCUGAGUGAGGUAACUCAUGGAGGAGAUGGUGAAGAGUCGUGUGCCAACGUUUGUGGCGAAGACGUUUCCAAACUGUUUCCGCGAGGUCCAAGGACGGAAGACGAAGACAAUCCGGCAAUUCAUCAUGGCACAAUAGCUUCAGCCAACCAGCUGAUGAAAGAUGCUUUACUUCGCGACAAGUUUGCAAGGGAAAAUGGGGUUUUGUGCUUCGAGAUGGAGGCUGCGGGACUGAUGAAUCACUUUCCUUGUCUCGUCAUUCGUGGUAUAUGCGACUAUGCCGAUACACACAAGAACAAAGAUUGGCAAUGCUAUGCAGCUAUGGUUGCAGCUGCAUAUGCAAAAGACCUUCUCCUUCGUAUCUCAGUCACUAAGGUAGAGGCCGAGACAAGAUUAGCUGAUAUCUUGGGUGAUGUCAAGGAAGAUGUACAAACUGUCAUACGAGAUGUGAGAGGUAUUCAGGAAGACCAACAUCGUCGUAAAAUCGCGACUUGGCUUUCCUCACCUGAACCAUCCACAAACUUCAACAAAGCUCGAAAACAGCACCAAGAAGGUAGUGGCGGGUGGUUCCUUGAAAGUAGCGAGUACGCUGCAUGGAAGACAGACCGCAAUUCGUUUCUUUGGCUGAGCGGCAUUCCCGGAAGCGGCAAAACGAUUCUCAGCUCUACUAUCAUCGCGGACUUGAAGGGAAACUCGCCUCAAAAAGUUCUCUACUUCUACUUUGAUUUCAGCGACAAGAGCAAACAGAUCCACGAAAACUUAAUUCGGCAGCUGGUUUUACAGUUGUAUCAAGAUGGAAAACGCUAUGAAAAACUGGACCAUCUCUAUGCAAAUUGUGGUGAAGGACGGGAGCAGCCAGGAUCCAAGGAGCUUAUCGCAGUUCUAUUGGACAUGAUAAAGAGUGCUGGAGAAAGCUGGAUAAUUCUGGAUGCACUCGAUGAAUGUUCCCUAGAAGACGGUGGAUUGUUCGCAUUGAUUGGCGAGCUUCGGGACGCUGAUUUGAAUAUACAUCUUUUGAUUACGGGCCGCCCCGAACACGCUAUUGUGGAGGCUGUUGGAGUUUGGGGAUGCGGGUCAAAAGUGAUAUCUCUCGAAAAAGCUCGCCAUCAACAUGAUAUCGAUGCAUACAUCAAGACGCGAACUAAGAACAUUGUCAGAUGGAAGGAAAGGCCAGACAUACAAACGCAGAUUGAGAACUCCCUCUCAGAAAAGGCACAUGGAAUGUUUCGCUGGGUUUCAUGUCAAUUUGACACCUUAGAGGCUUGUUUGGACCCCCCAGCAGUGCGUGAAGCUUUGUCUCAACUUCCCAGGACCUUGGAUGAUACGUAUGAUGUAAUUUUGAGAAGAUUACAUCCCGACCAUCUUCGCUACACAACUCGACUUCUGCAAUUUCUCACAUAUGCAGAACGGCCACUCCGCCUUAAAGAAGCUGUAGAUGCAUUGAAUGUGGAUAUAACAAGGCGACCUAGUUUUGAUAUAGCCGAUCGUAUGCCAAAUCCCAAGGAAAUCACCCGGUAUGGUGGAGGCCUAUUUAUCCUCGUCGAUGCAAUUGAAGAUACCCAAAGGGAUAUUGCAGUUGUACGGAUUCUACAACUUGCGCACUUCUCUGUCAAAGAGUAUCUUCUUUCAAAACGACCCAAAGCUGUUUCGAAAGCUUUCGAGGACGCACUUCGAGAACCAGAGGCCUAUCAAGCUAUGACUGAUGUGUGUCUUCGCUACCUUUUGGAUCUAAAUCAUCAUGCACCAGCACAUAAAUUGACAGAAAUAUAUCCAUUCGCCACACUUUCUGCAUCUAGUUGGACAAAAUAUGCCCGAAAGGCCGAGAAGUUCACUAAAAAAAGCCUCGAUUCCGUUUCAGAGUAUCUUUCAUCACACUCUGCAUUUGAACUAGGACAAGUUCUGUCUACGCCAAAAUGCUAUCAGGUCAUUUUGUAUCACCAACCGCUGAUCUAUGCAGCAUUUGAAGGACUUUAUUACCUCGUGAAGACACUGAUUGGAGAUGGUGCUGACGUGAACCUGAGGGAUGUCCAUUUGGGACAUGCCCUCCAAGCCGCUUCAUACAGAGGACACGAGGAUAUAGUACGAAUGCUUCUUGAUCAUGGUGCCAAUGUGAACAUGGAAAAUGGAUAUUACGGCACGGCACUUCAAGCUGCAUCCGCAGGUGGUCACCAUGGUGUUGUUCAAACACUCCUCGCUAGAGGUGCUGACCCUAAUGUUGAGGGCGGGUGGUGCACAACAGCACUGUUAGCUGCAACAGCUGCGGGUAUACAUCAAGCUCAGUUUCCAUACCACAAAAACAUAUUGGAGGCCAACCCUGAAAACCUUGGGUAUUCCCUACAAACAGUGAUCGAGGAUUCGUCAAGAAAAAUAGAUUAUACGGAGAUCGCGAAAACGCUCAUCAAUGCUGGAGCUAGGCUUCGGGUAGGAAAUAAUAGCCUAGGAGAACCUUUGCAUCUUGCCUCUGCCACAGGAUUGAUAGAGGUAGUACAACUGCUUCUUGAUAAGGGUAUUGAUGCAAACGUUGCGCACCGAAAGUACGAAACUGGGGUCCAACGUGCGACGGGGAGUGGCCAGAAACAUGCUGCGGCGAGCACAGCUCUGCAUUACGCAAUUGGAAAUGGGCGGACAGAAAUUACGCAGCUUUUGGUUGAUUCAGGUGCCGACGUCAACUUGCCCUCAGCCAGAGGUGAGACACCACUGGGGAUAGCGAUAUCCGUGCCAUACGAAAGCAUCGUCAGAAUACUUCUCGCGGGCCAUGCCGAUGUUGAUGCACCAACUGGUUUCGGCAUGACGCCCUUACAUAUGACUGUAGAGUCAGGCUUGACAGGUAUCGUCAAGCUACUGCUGGAUGCGGGAGCCAAUGUGAGCCCAAGUGGCUUUAUGCCCUUGCACAUGGCCGUAAGACAAGACUACGCAGCUAUCGUAAAGCUACUUCUAGACGCAAAAGCCGAUGUGCAUGCAACAGACGACUCAGGCCAGACGCCCUUACACCACGCUGGACAAUACGCGCCCCAUAACCGUACACAGGAGAGGGUUAAGAUCAUUCGAUUACUACUUGAAAAUGGUGCAGAUAUCAAUAUGCGUGAUAUCAACAGCGACACCGCCCUUAACUACGCAGUGUACAACGGAUAUAAGGCUGCGACCCAAAUUCUGCUAGAUCAUGGAGCUGAUCUGAAUAUCCGCAAUCGUAGCGGUUAUACCGCUCUACAAAUAGUUCACCCAGAGAACAAGAAAUUUCUGCAAAUCUUGCUAGACAAAUGGGGAAAAGAUACUCAAGAGUUGGAGCACAGAAAAACACGCCCGGGAACGCGCUGGAGAAGUCUUUCUUUCACGCACCCUGUGUUGGCCCCAGUCUUUCGACGUCCUAUAGAAGGCUUUUAUUACAGCGACGACUACGACGACAGCUAUAAUAGCAGUGACGAGGACUACGACGAUCACUACUCUAUCAUGUCAUUGUAA